GCCGACGGAUAGCAGGUGCAUAUGGACGGAUAUCUCUAUGUUAAUCAUUGAAAAUUAGGUAACACAGAGUGAUUUCACAGAGGGUUACCUCUGACCUACAUCACUGCGCCGCUUUUCAGUCGGUGGUUGAAAAAGCAACAGCAGCCCUUGAACUUCCUCUGUAGUUCAAACCUCUUAUGCCGGAGCCCACGGUUACUGGCUCACCUCACAUCCCAUUCUGCUAAACCUGCUGAUUUCUCAUCCUUACCGGCUGAUCUCAUCUCCCAUCCUACCAACUCGGCUGAUCUCCCAUCCUUACCGACUGAUCUCACCUUCUAGCCGGCUGAUCUCACCUCUUUACCGGCUGAUCUCACCUCCUAAUCGGCCGAUCUGACAUCCUAACCAGCUGAUCUCAACGCCUAACCAGCUGAUCUCACAUCCUAACCAGUGGAUCUCCACACCUAAACAGCUGAUCUCACCCCCUGGAGAGGAGAGAGAGCGAGACCAGGCAUAGAGGAAAGGGAAGCUGUGUGCGCCCUGCCUGUGGAGAUGGGCGUGUGUGUGGUUAGCAUGAUAGCGCUGGCAGGAAGCCUCCUCGCCGUCCCCGUCCUGGUCUUCACGGCGACAUACUUCCUCUGGCCUGCAGCACUCAUUAAGACCUACAACUGGUGCAGCAGGUGGAGGCGGGGUCUCCAGGUGAGGUGUGUGUUCUGGGGGGACUACAGGUUCUGCUACUCCCAGCGGGGGGUCCCGGGCCCCUGCCCCUCCCUCCUCCUGCUCCACGGCUUCUCCGCCAACAAAGACAUGUGGCUGCCCAUCAUGCAGUACCUUCCGGAGCGGCAGCAUGUGGUGAGUGUGGACAUGCCCGGUCACGAGGGGUCCAGCCGGACCGGACCGGAGGACUGGAGCAUCCAGGGUCAGGUGGACCGCAUCCACCAGUUUGUCCAGGCGGUGGGUCUGGACAAACAGCGCUUCCACCUGGCGGGCUCCUCCAUGGGGGGCAACGUGGCCGGGGUGUACGCUGCCCAACACCCCGACCAGCUGGCCGCCCUCACCCUCAUCUGCCCUGCAGGGCUCGAGGUCCCCAGGGACUCUGGGUUUGUCCGCCUGCUGAAGGAGAUGAAGGAGCGCGGGGAGGUGAGGCCAGAGGACGUCCCCCUCAUCCCCCACACCACCCAGCAGAUGGAGGACAUGCUGAAGCUCUGCUGCCAUAGAAACAUUGUACUACCCAAACAGAUCCUGAAGGGACUGUUAGCCUCAAGACUUCCGAACAAUGACUUCUACUCACAAGUGUUACAGGAGAUCCUCUCCGAGCAGUCGGUCCGCUCCCUUCACGACAGCCUUCACCUCAUCACAACGCCCCUACAGGUCAUCUGGGGAACGGACGACCAGGUGAUCGACGUGUCCGGGGCGGGCGUGCUGCAGGAGGCCCACCCCGGCUGCCAGGUGGAGCUGUUGGAGCGCUGCGGGCACGCGGUCAUGCUGGACCGACCCAGGAAGGCGGCGCAGCUCCUCACUGACUUCCUGUCCACGCAGGACGUCCAAACCAAGAAACGCUCCUGAUGAUCCCAGACAUGGAGGAAUCUGGGAGAAACCAGACCCGGGGGGGGGAGGAUGAUGAUGAUGAUGGUGAUGAAGGGGAGGAGGAUGAUGAUGAUGAUGAUGAUGAUGAUGAUGAUGAUGAUGAUGAUGAUGAUGAUGAAAAGGAUGAUGAUGAUGAUGGUGAUACUGAUAUAUAAUUUAUUAAUUCUAUGGGAAAUUCGUUCUUUGCAUUCAACCCAUCCUAUACUUGACGCUAGGAGCAAUGGGUGGCCUGCCACACAGGUAGCGCCCAGGAACAAAUUCCAGGUGUAGUGCUCUGCUUUGGGCAGGGCAGGAGUGUUAAUCAGCAGGUAUGGUGGAGUGGUAGGAAACCCAGAUGAACACAGAGUGAACAUGCAAAUGAACAUACAAUGAUGACGAUGAUGAAUGAUGAUGAAUUUGUAAUAAGAUGAUCAUUCCCAGUGAUUCCUGCCUUAUAGAGGAAGAGAGGAGAAUUCUUUGGAAUUACUUUUUGGUGUCUCUUUAGAGAUACUUUUUUGUAGUUUACAUUUCAAAUUAUAUUUGUUAUUAUAUGAAGUCGGUGUUACAAUGUUUAUAAAAUAAAUGUAAUGUGAAUGUAA